AUGCUUGAGAGUGUUGAGAAGGUAAACGAUUUCAUCUUGACAAUCUUUCUAGGGAUGGAAAACAAGUAUUUGAGUUCUGACACAACAUGUCAAGCUGAUGAGAAUGAAGUUGUACAACAAGAGUGGUUCAAACCAGAGUUCCUAAAUGACAUCAAAUGUUCAGGACUACCCAAUCACAAGUUGACUUUGAAGCCAGGAGUUUCUGUAAUGCUAUUGCGAAACAUAUACCAGACUUCAAGUUUAUACAACGGGACAAGAUUAAUAGCUAACGAACUUGGUAACAACGUAAUUGGAGCGACGGUAGUGACUGGUAGAAAUAUUGGAGAUAAAGUGUACAUUCCAAGAAUGAACUUGAUCGCUUCAAAUUUAGAAUUUCCAUUUAAGUUCCAACGGAGACAAUUUCCAUUAACAAUAUGCUUUGCAAUGACCAUUAACAAGAGUCAGGGUCUAUCAUUAUCACAUAUAGGAUUUUACUUGCCAAAAUUAGUGUUCACCUAUGGACAACUUUAUGUUGCUUUGUCAAGAGUUAAGAGUCGCAGUGACCUCAGGAUUUUAAUUCUAAACGAAGAAGGCAAUCAAAAGUCAUUGAUGCACCACUAA